UCCAUACCAUAGAACAGCGUGUCAUGAUCAAUGAAGCACAGAAAAAGAAGCUAACACGGAUUCAAAUUCUAUCUAAAAGGUUCUAGCUUUACUGCAGAAUACCACUUUAUAUCUCGUCCUCCGUCUCCGCCUCCAAUGAUGCAGGACUCGGCGGCCGCAGCCCCAUUCCAAGCGGCGGCCGCGAAGUCUCAGAUUCCGGAACCAGAGGAGAAGCUGCGAUGCCCAAGGUGCGACUCCACCAACACCAAGUUCUGCUACUACAACAACUACAACCUCUCCCAGCCGCGCCACUUCUGCAAGAGCUGCCGCCGCUACUGGACCAAAGGCGGCGCCCUUCGGAACGUUCCCAUCGGCGGUGGCACCCGCAAGAGCUCCAAGCGCUCCAAAACCUCCUCCUCCUCCUCUUCUGCUUCCAGUUCCAAGAGCUCCAGUCCCCCUAAACCCGGCCUUUCCCCGUCUGGACACGCACAACCUGAGCCCAUCUCCGUUAUGCUCCCACCCCUCGACGCGGACUACCGAUUGCUCGAUACCAGUGGAAGUUUCAUCUCGCUUUUGGCAUCGAGUGGACACUUCGGAGGCCUCUUGAAUAGCUUCCUUCCGGGGGGUGGCGCCUCUGCUGCGGUGCGGAAUCCCAGUACUGUGAGCAGUUCAGGCGUCGAUGGCCAUGAAUGGGAAUUACAGAACUUCACUGGCAGCAGUGGCUAUGAGAGCAUAGCUGCGACAUUGUCAACUGAGAACUUGAGCUUGCAAGUUGAUUCUGAAUGCUGGGCUGGAGCAUGGCCUGAUCUCUCCAUCUACAAUCCAGGCUCAAAUUUCCUCUGAAAAGAUCACCUUAAAGCCUUGUAGCAAUGUAUUAUUAAUAGGAAGGUGGAACUGAAAAAGAUCACCUUUUUAUUCUUCUUCUUCCUUGUCACAGGUAACUGAACUGCUUAUGAUACAUAUCAUGCUUAAUGGUAUAGUUAGCAUAUAGUUUUUGAGAA